AUGCCCGUCACCAAGAAGAAAGGCGCGAUCUUCGCAAUCUACACCGACUCCCCUGCCAAAUCCACCCGGUCCCACACGCACAACCCCUCCCCUUCCACCACAUCCGCCUUCACACAUACCUCUACAGUCUCUCCAACAAAGAAGUCCACCUCUCGGAAAGCUCUGGCUACCGUCCAAGCAAAAUCGGUCGGGUUCCCCUCGGACCCCUUAUCCAAGGCGGACAAGGGCAAAGGACGGGCGGACGCGCCCAUCCCAACCCUGGCCGAGAACGCUAUUCCCUCUGUCAACUACAAAUCCCUCUCCCGCACUACCGGACCCGCUACUACCAAGCGUAUUCCCUCCACCACCUCCAAACGCCAAUUCGAGAUCUUCCGGGCGCAAUCCCCCUCCGCACCCCCUUCACCAACCGCUCCAAUCCCAUCAUCCCGGCUCGCCGAGUCUCCGCUCAAGAAGACUCGCGCAACCCCCCGUCGGUCCCAGCUGGACGACGAUGAUAUGGAUCUGGAGAACGUCGCGCCCGUCCUGGACUCGCCGGCAUCACGCACGCGCUCACGAGUCCGGGCAGCCUCAUCAGCCGGUCUGGCGUCUCCGCUCGCUCCCCUUCGCUUGGCGUCUCGAGCGGCUGGAGAGGCGCUCUUGGGAGAUGGCAGGGGGACAUUGACGUUGAAAAAGGGAAGGGCGAUGGCCAAGUUGAUGAAGGGGGCGGAAGUGGGUGUGGGGGAUGUGCUGGGGGAUGUGAGCGAGGCGUAUGGGGCAGAGGGGAGUGCUCCGGCAGGGUUCACGACUCAACGAAGAUGA